AUGAAAUUUCUACAACUUACUGGAAUGACUGUGCUGUUAAGUCAAGCAAUAUCAAUUUCUGCAGCUUUGCUAGUUCCAAGGUCCCCAAGUGGUCCAUCUAAAAUGAGCGACCCAAUGUCAGACAUCAUAGCUUGCAUCAAUGAAAUAAAAUCAAGUGGUAGAAAACUAGAGUCUCCAGAUAGUGAAAGCAGAAGACUAUCCAAAAGUUUACAAAAACCCUAUGUAAUUCCUAUAAGAGUUCCAUAUAUAGAUAGCCAAAAUGGGAAUAACUAUUUUGUCACAACUGAUAAUAAUGGAGAUCUGAAUUACGUAGUUGUUACUUCAAGAGAUGGCAAAACAAUCUGUCAAUAUCCUGUUGAGUGA